AUGUCGGCGGAUCUAUUCGCCGAGUUCAGCCAAGGGACUUCUGGCACGGCCGACAGCAGCAACUUUGGGCAAGACGCUUCCCGCUCGCCGCAGCAGUGGCCGUCUGCUCCGUCACAGCCGGCCUGGUCGGCGCAGCCAGUAGCAGCAGCGCCGCAGACGCAAAACGUCGCAGAUGAGGAUGACGGAUGGGGCGAUUUCGAGGUGGCAGAGCCCAGCGCUCUUCAGUCGAGCCAAACCGGGCAGACAUAUCAGCAACCGCCGCCUUCUCGGACUAUAGCAUGGCCAGGCUCAGCGGGGGCUCAGCACUCUCACUUGCAGGCGACGUGGGAUGGAUACAGCGGCAAUACAGAAACUCGCUCGCAAUCUACUCUGCAAAGUCAAACACACGCGUUUUCUGAGAACUCAACUGCGGGCACCGUUUGGGAUGCAGGGAAUGCUGAGGCGCUGCCAAAGCCCAGGAGGAAGAACCCGGUACAAACGCAUGUCAACGACCCUGGAGUGCUGUUUGAUGCUGCGGAUUUUGAGCUAGAGGAUGGGGAGUUCGAGGGCGAAAGCGACAAUGAGUUUCGCGAGCUCGAAACGGGCAGACAGGCAGCUCCGGCGAUCAGGCCUGCAGCUGCACCGGCACCACCGCAGCCUUCCAUGCCGUCGAUAGACCUGCUGUCAUUAGAGGAUACGACUCCGCCGGAGCGGGAAAGGCGGCCUACAAAUCUGGAGACAUCAAAACCCGGCGAGGCAUUGCGCUUUGGAGCUACAGUAUCUGCCAAUUUAGUACCCAAGAAUUCUUGGAUGCAAGAUCUGGACUCGGCGCAAUUCGAAAAACAAGUCGCACCUGCAAAGACACAGUCAAAGGCAAAAAUACAACCGAAAACGCAACCGAAAACGCAGCCAAAAGCCAAAGUGAAAGAGCCAACAGCGCCAAAUGCAUGGGCGACGGAAAACAACGACGAUGAAUGGGCGGCUUGGGACGAUGGGCCAAGUGCAAGUGCCAGCGCUUCUGCCAACGUGAUAAACCCGACCCCAGCGCCGUCUUCUUGGGAUUGGGACUCGACAGCUACCGUGACAGAAAACACGACUACAGCUUCGGAUAGCAGUCCCCCGCCCGUCAACGUGCCACCUCCAUCAGUACUCCUAUCGCUCUUCCCCGAGCUAUUAAGCUCCGCUAGCGCUCUCUUCAAAUCUACUUCUGGGCAAGGCGGCAGCAUCAAGGAGCAGAUACUGUCCGAUCCCAAAGCGGUACAGUUUCUACAAGGAUAUAUAUUAUUAGCGACAACAGCAGCGCGGAUCGUGGCUGGCCGCAAACACCGUUGGCACCGCGACAAGAUCCUGGCCAAGAGCAUGUCCAUCUCAGCAGCCGGAAGCAAAGGCAUGAAGCUAGCAGGCGUGGACAAGACACAGGCAGCGCGCGAGGACCGCGAGGCGGCCGACGUGGUGGCCGUGUGGCGGGAGCAGGUCGGGCGGCUGCGGUCGGCGGUAACGGCGGCCAACACUGCGGCCCACACCAACCUUAAGGUACCGGAGCUGAGCGAGACGCUGUCGGCGCACACGGCCAAGAUGGUGGGCACGGCGCCAAAGGCGUGCGUGAUUUGCGGGCUGAAGCGCGAUGAGCGGAUAGCCAAGGUGGACUUUGAGGUGGAAGACAGCUUUGGCGAGUGGUGGGUAGAGCACUGGGGACAUCGGGCGUGUAAGAAUUUUUGGACAGAGCAUGAGAGGAGUCUGCGGCAGCGGUGA